AUGGGCAAGAAAGCGUCUCGCCCGCCCGCCUCGAAGACUUCCUCCGCGGCGUCGCCUGCGGUCUCCGGCCUCACACACACCGGGAAUAAGUCUUCGAUACUGCGGUCAGCAUUUUCGCCGUCUGAAUAUCAAUUGGCUUUGUUUGCAUCGGUCAUCCAGGGCCUCGAUGGCCAGCAUCUCCGCAUCCACGACACUAUCACCGGUCGAUUGCAGUGUGAGCAUGUCUUAGGCUCCAAGGAAGUUAUCACAUCGCUCGACUGGGGCUACUACCCGGGUAGACAGGGAGGUCAACAGCAGCAGUCCAAGAAGAAGAGGAAGAGGAAUUCCGAUGUCAAUGGGUUGGAACAGGGAGACGUUGUCGUUGCCUUUGGCACAAGCACCUCCGACAUCCGGAUGUACUCGCCCACGGAAGACAAGAUCGUUGGAACUCUCGCAGGUGUACACGAAAAGGGCAUCAAGGAUUUCAAAUUCACCGCGAAUCAGCCCGGUCAGGAGGGUUGGAGCAUCGGAGGUGAUAACAAACUCGUGCAGUGGGAUCUGCGCACCGGUCAGAGUACAAGAAUAAUCAAUCUUCCCGCUUCUUCAACAUUUACCUCUCUCUCCCGCCCGUCCUCUUCGAAUACACCUGUUGUCUGCGCAUCUCAGACACCAUACAUAAUCAACACCGAGAGCGCAGACCAAGCACCCAUCUCAUUUCCGGCGAUGCGGAAUCCCAUUCAAACCCUCAUCUCGGCUUCCACAGAGUCCGCAGUUGCAGGAGCAUUCUUGGCCUCUGACAAUGACCGGUACAUCAACGUCUUCGACCCUCAGAGCCAGAAGAUCGUCAUGAACCUCGUCGCUGACAAGGAGGUGGCUUCAUUGUCCUUCCAUGCUGGUCCUGGUGAAAAGGCCGGUGAUGCCCCGACAUUAGAGAAGCAGAUCCUUGCAGCUGUGACAGACGACGGCACAAUUGAAAUUUUCACAAAACCAUUUUUCCAGCAGGCUCAGAAAACCAACAGUCUCAAGGCCAAGGGAAGGCAGAUGACUCGGAGAGCGGACGCAUCCAUCAAGAUUACCAAAUCUGAAGGUUCUGAGGCUCUUGUUACUGUCGUAACAACAUCGUUCCAGGGACCUGACUUGGUUGUUGCCUGCGCAGAGGGAGGUGUCAUCCCAGUAUUCGAACGAAUCAGGUUGCUCAAUGAGGAUACUGAGGAGUUGUCAUUUACUGGUCUGAAGAAGGUUGCCAAGACCAAGUCUAGCUCAGCACUCGGUACAGUGACCACAAAUGGCGGAAAGAACGCCGGUGAAAGCCAUGUUGAUGAGUCGAGAGCCGUUGUCGAGCAGGGAAAUAUGGCAGAUGACGACAUUGAGAUGCAAGACACAACACAGGAUGCCGCUUCGAAUGCCGAUAGUGAGGAGGAUUCGGACGAUGACCAAGCGCCCAAGAAGACAAACAACAAGAAGGAGUCGCGGAAAACGAACGAAGCGGAGAGCGAUGUCGAGAUGGAUAAUGCGCAAGGCUCCGGCCCGGAGGACGAAGAGGACGAGGAAGAAACAGGAGAACCUUCGUUUGGAGAGCUUAUGCGCGCUAAUGCCGCUGAGGAAAUCGACGUUGAGGCUGAGCUUGAGGAUGAUGUCCGAAUGGGCCCUUACGUGCCCAGCAAGCCCAAGACUGCUGUUCAACAGAUCCCCACGGGCGUUUCUCUGUCCACAGUGCUCUCCCAGUCCCUCAAGACCAACGACAAUGACAUGCUCGAAUCAUGCUUCCACACCGGUGACCUUUCGAUCAUCCGCAACACCAUUCAGCGUUUGGACUCCUCGCUCGCCGCCACCCUCCUCCAGAAACUCGCCGAGCGCCUCUCCUCCCGCCCCGGUCGCUACGGUCACCUCCUCGUGUGGGUUCAGUGGACGUGCGUGGCACAUGGUGGUGCACUCGCCGGCAAGCCCGACCUGCUGAAGCGGAUGGCAACCCUGUUCAAGGUCAUGGACCAGCGAUCGUCCAGCCUGCCUUCCCUGCUCUUGCUCAAGGGCAAGCUCGACAUGUUGGAUGCACAGCUCGGACUGAGACAGUCCAUCCGCAGCGGCGCAGAGGGCAUGGACAGCGAGGAUGAGGACAAUGUUAUCUACGUCGAGGGACACGAAGACGAUGAUGACGAGGACAGCGACGCGGACACCAAGGCCGCAGCAACCCCGCGCAAGUCGAUACGCGACCAAGCUUUCGAUGAAGACGAGUCUAUGAUGAACGGUGUCGACGAGUCAGACAAUGACGAGGACGAUGGCAGCGAGGAGGAAGAAGACGAAAACGCAGACGUCUUCGACGUUGAGGCCGAGGAAUCCGCCGGCUCCUCCGAUGCCGAAGAAUCCCUGGAAGAGAACGAAGACGACGAUGAGGAUGCCGAGAGCACCGGCUCGAUGGUGGACUUUAUCGCCGACACGGAAGACGAAGCCUCAGAAGAUGAAGGUGCAUCUGCCCCUCAACCCCCACCGUCCAAGAAGGUUAAGGUGGGUGGAGGCAAGGGCAAGAACAAGGCAGGAAGAAGAUAA